AUGGCCGGAGGCAGAUACAACAUCGGAAUCAUCGGAUAUGGCUUGAGCGCAAAGACCUUCCAUAUCCCCUUCGUGAACGCGGUUCCGGAUUUCAAUCUCUAUGCCAUCGUGCAAAGAAGCCCGAAGCCGGACGACGAUGCGAGCAAGGACUGGCCUAACAUCAAGCCAUACAGAUCGGUGGAGGAGAUGCUGAAGGACGACCAGGUCCAUGUCGUCGUUGUCACGACGGCGCCAGAGUCGCAUCUUCAAUUGGCAAAGGCCGCACUAUUGGCGAACAAGCAUGUUGUUGUCGAAAAGCCCUUUACGCCCACGUCGGCUGAAGCACAGGAACUCGUCGAUCUGGCCAAAUCCCAAAACAGGAUUCUCACCGUCUACCAGAACCGACGAUGGGAUUCGGACUUCUUGACGUUGAAGAAGUACAUUCAGGAUGGCACGUUGGGACGUAUAGUCGAAUUCGAGACUCACUUCGAUCGACAUCGACCAGAGCCGCCCCCAGACAACUGGAAGGCCCACCAUGCCCCCGGGACGGGUGCGGUCUAUGAUCUAGGGACUCAUCUGAUGGACCAGGUCGUCAGCUUGUUCGGUAUGCCAGAGAAGGUCACCGGGUUCGUGGGGUCACAGCGAGAAGUGAACACCACCGGAUUGGAGGACUCCUGCACAGUGCUGCUCCAUUAUGCGAGCCCGAAGAUGUUGGUCACGGUCAAGGCGGGAGUCGUCAGUCCAGAGGUGAAUCAACUGAGGUACUGGGUUCGCGGAGACAAAGGCUCUUUCAAGAAGUUUCACCUCGAUCCGCAAGAGGACCAGCUUCGGAAGCAAGGUCUGAAACCCGGAGACAAGGGUUAUGGCAUCGAGAGCGAGGACAACUAUGGGACCUUGAAUCUGUACAGAGACGGCAAGAUUUCCAGCGAAGUUGCUCCGACCGUGGAGCCUGCGACCUACACCGAGUACUACCGACGUCUCGCUGCCGCGCUCGAUGGGGAUGUUUCUCAGAUCCCCGUGGCCCCUGAGCAGGCCGUGGGUGUCAUAAGGCUCGUUGAACUCGCCCGGGAGAGUUCGCAGCAGGGGAGGACUUUGACUGUGUGA